AAAAAAUGUAUGCUCGCAAAACGAUUGCGUAGCAUUCGCGCAAAUGCUUUGCAAACGUUUUGCGAACAUGUGGGUGAAAAUUCAUGGCGGACUUAGAUUAGAACACUUGGCGAAUGCUUUGACAACAUUUCCCGAAACACUUUUUGCACUAUCUAGGUCGUAGGUUUAGUAGCCCAGCAGGGUAGGAAAACGCGGGUAAUACUAUCCGCUUUUCAAGGGAACCGGGUCGGGUAGCCAGGCGGGUAUUAAACUACCAUUGGCACCAUUGGUGACUUACUUCUUGGACUCCUUGUUUUCAUGAUGGAUGUGUUGUCCUGAUAUUUCUUCAGACGUUCAAAUACCAGGAUCCUGAUUGCUACGCAGGCGAGCUGAACCAUGUUGUACUCGUUGUUGGCUACUCCAUUAAUAGAACCGACGGCAGCCAUAACCGUAUUGCUCCUCCCUUCUGGAUAAUCCGCAACUCGUGGGGAGUGGAGUGGGGCGACGGGGGGCACAUGCGCAUGGACAUCCAGGGAGGGGAUGGCGUGUGUGGCAUCAACGUGCUGCCUGGCAUCUACCCCAUUGUCAAGCUUCCAGGGGACCCCUGCGGCCGAAAAGGCUACAAAGGCGAUAAGGAUUUGUACGGCAUGAACCCUUGUGGCCGGUUCGCAUGCCAGGCGAUUGGUGGAAGCAGCAAUAGAUGCAACUGCAAUAUUCCUGGAUCUUUGAAGCAGCCUUUUGUUGAAGUCGGGAAUGGAAAUGGCUCCUCCACAUGUGCUUAUGUGGACGUGUGUGGGUCGCACUUUAAGAACCCCUGCGCUGUGGGCACAUGCAUCAACGAUGGCAAGGGCGCCUACUCCUGCAUCUGCCCUCUUAACCACAUUGAAAGCAAAACAGCUGACAACUCCCCCACGUGCGAUCCAGCCAAUGCCACAGCCACCACAAUGGCAGUCAGUGGAGACAACUGGUGGUGUUCGGACAUUUAUCCAUUUGUGGCAUCUCAUUCAGUCAAUUCAAACUCCAGAAUGCG